GGGUUUUCUACCAAAAAAAACUCAAUUAUAUCUUGUUUUAGUCCGAUUCAGUUCUGCUGUAUUGAAUUGAUAUAAACAAAUUUAUUUCCUCACAGUGCGGAAAAGAGGGGGAACCCAAUUGCAUUGAAUGCAUUCAAUUUAGGGGUGGCCUUCGUUCGUUCUCCGUCGCGCGGCUUCGGUAAACGCCGACCGGAAGGUAAUGGUCGAAUUGAUCGUGUCCGGAAGUAGCGCACUAAAUGAGCAGGACCGCAAGCAAUAGGGCGAGAGUGGCAGCACGAGAUAGCGCGAUUAGUUGAGCUUUGUCAGAAUGUUUGUUUCUGUUGCCAUUUGACGAGGGGGGCCAUGUCUGGCUGGAUGUUGUUUUGGGGACCCUUGCUUUUUUGUAGUAGAAACCCCUCUUUGCUCAUUAGCCCUUUGCACGGAGGGCAACCGCUGCCACUGCUCUGACAUUGACUGAAGUGCAAGUUGUUGAUCAUCCCGGUUUCCCCGGACAGGUUGCGAAAUAACCGUACCGAGGCCAGUGUUGAAGAAUAGUGAAAAUAGUGAACAAGUAGUGGAAGUAUAAAUUGCAAAAUGUAAAUAAAUGGAAUUUGGAAAGCGAAUAAUGCUAUCGUGAUUGUGUUGUUAAGUGAUAUGAAGAUAUGAAAAUGUACAAAAAAGUGUGAUAAUCACAAUGAUCGCGGUGCAAAUUCAGUCGACUGGUUCGGAAGAAAGAUUAGUGCAAUUAUACAAUAAUUCAGCCAGUUAAAUUGUGUAAAUUCAACUUCAGUUCAUCUAUUUGUAGUGUAAAAAGGGAAAAAAAUCCCCAACGUCGAAGAUAAAUUACUUGAGAAAAUCAAUGUCUAGCAUGCAUAACUGCUAAGAGUAUCCGAAAAGAGUGUACGUAUGUGUACGUUUGUAAAAAGCAAACAACAUGAACAGUAACGGCAACGAGGGAAAAGCAACGACAGCAUCUGUCUACCGUCUACUGCAGAAUCCCGCACCGAUAUGCAUGUUUUACUUUGCCCAUCCAUUCGGCAUCACUUCCCCUGCCAGUGGUGCGAAGCUGGCCCAAAUUCGGGCCAGUGCUACGCAAGGAUGCAAACCAAACGGACCAUCGGCCGAACACGGCACCGCUGCCACCAUCAACGCCCCAAACGGGGAGCUAAAGCAGCAGCGUAAAUCGAAUGGAAAAGUAACGUCGAACCCGGGUGCCCGGCAUCCAUCGAAAUCGCACCGGAAAAUCAAUGGUCUUCAGGGCAGUGAUGGUGCGGUGGAUGGUGGUGGUACGAAGGCGAACCAUACGUCACACCGGGAAGCACCACCAAAAAAGCACCACAGAAAGCACCGGACCCAUCGAAGGAUUAGUAAUUUCGAAAAGUUUCUGCUCGAAAUCCAACACGCCCACACGUGCGGCCGUGGCUCGUCGAAGGUGCGAAGGAUCGACCGGGAAGAUCGGCUAACACCGCUGGUACCGUGGCCGAGCACCAUCUGGAAUCGGGAGUUUCUGCUCCCAACGCUACUGCAAGCCUUGGCCCAGCAGCACGGACGCAAAAUUCCGGACAUCGAGCAGAUACUACGCACAGUACGGUCCGCGUGGAAUACACCGAACUCGCAACGAUCACACUUGCAAAGCCAGGACAGCCGGGAGUCAUCCGCCUCGAACUGGGACCUAUCGAGCUUGUGCGAUAGCUGUUGCCUCAACACUGGCCACCGCAGGAUGGGCGCGGGAACAUACGCGAAUGCGGCCAGUCCCGGACCGGGACUGCUGCGGCGGCGCUAUUCGGUGCCCGAAAUCAUAAUGCGCAAACACACGCUGGCACAGCAGAAAACGGACGAUGAGCCGCUGUGGCUGCACCACGACAGCAACCACAAUGUGAUUGAGGUGGUGGUUAACAAGCAGGUGGCUCCGUCGUCUGCCCGGGGGCUGCUCCUGAACGGACGGCUGAGUGGGCCGCGGACACCGCCGCACCGGAAGUCCUUCGGGCUGCGACACCACCGGGAACACCAGCACGGCUCGCUGACCGGGCGUAGCAGCAGCGUGGAGAGUGGUGGUGGUGGUGUAGGUACACACGAUUGGCUGGCGGCGGCCGGGACGACGGGCAUGCUGACGGCAACCGGGUCCGAUCCGAAUCUGGCCGCGCUGAAGCACCGCAACCUGGGCGGACGCUGCAGCAGCCCGCUGUGCAAUGGGGGCGUUGGGCUGGGCCGCGCGAUGGCCAACGGAACCGGAGGUAGUUUGCGAUCAAUCCACAAUAAUUCUCUCAGUUGCAGCAGCUCUAGCAGCGUCAACGGGGUGCCCCUUGCCAAUGGCGGUGUUGUUGUCGGUGGUGGAGUUGGUGUUGGUGGUUGUGGUCAUCAGCAGCAGCAGCAGCAGCAGCAGCAGCAGCAGCACUAUCCGGUCGUUCCCUCCUACCGGGACGGCGACUACUCCAUGCGCAAGACGACACUGCUGCGGCGCAUGUGGAGCCGCGAGCUGCGGCGGUACGAGCGGUCCGGUAGCUGGUCGCCCCCGUUGCGCCGGGCACCGCGCCGCAUCUACAGCGUGGAAAGCAUCGUCGCCUCGGUCGAAGGCCGGGCGUCGCGUGCGGACGAUGCCGAGAGCGUGGCGAGCCGCCGGCCGGGCAGCAGCAGCGACGGUAGUGGUCGUUGCGCUACCACGGCAACGACGAUGACGGCCGGCACGACCGACACGACGACGACGACGACCGGUACGACCUCGUGCCGGGAGUGCGCCAAGCUCGAGGCUCAGUACAGCGGUGACUUCGGUACGGGCAGGAAGUUGCUCUCGCGCGCGCGUUCCCGCGAUAUCGAGUGCUGCUCUUCGGGUGACGUUUCCGACGGUGGCCCGGAGUGCCCUGUCCCCGUGUCUAACGCAGCGCCCACCGAACCGGUCGAUGACCGGCGGCAGCAGCCGCGCCGACGACGACGCAUGUGUUCCUCGCAGACGGCCGACCUUGGCGAAUCGGAGCCGAUCAUACUGGCAGCCGCUGGUGGUGCAGUGUCGGCCACCACAACAGUUCACAACGGUCCGCACGGCGACCAACAGCAGCACGGUGCCACCGGGGAGGAGGAGGAGGACGAGGACGAGUACGCUUCGCACAGCAGUUCCGUGUCGUCGAUAGCGUCCCAGUCGUACCGUGUGCCGUCCGCGAGCCGCCGUCCGGACCACGAGCUGAGCGAGUUCCUGCAGCAGGAACGGUUGGCCGCGGCCGAUGGCGAUGGGGCUGAUCGUGCGGCUGGCCGGGAAGUUGCUGCUGUCCGCGCUGGUAGUGCUGGUGCUGGCGAUCAUCCUCGAGAACGUGCUCCGGCUGCUGAUGGCACUGCAGGAACAGCAACUGCAGCAGCAGCAGGAGCAGCAAACGCAACCGAACCAGCCGAAAGAGGAGUAAGUGAGCAGCAAGAUAACGCUCUUAGUGCCGCCACCCUUUCGGAAGACUCCAGUGAAUCGAGUGACGAAGAGGGCGACGGUAGUGAUACCGGUGGCGCAGGGGACAAUCGAACGCCGCACGCCGGCGGCAGUGGUGUGGACGAGGCGGAGCAGACCCGGCUGGACGAGUACAUCUCCGGGCUGCUGCUGGACAAUCUGAACAAUAUAGCCGACGCGAAGGAGCUGGUGCUGGCGACGGACGCGCGCGACGGUGAAACCAUUCUCGGCGUGUACAGCGAGCGCCGGGCGCAGCUAGCCGAACACGGCAAACCGACCGAGGCGGAUCGGCAGAACAAUAACAACCAGACGGUGGCGAACGGCGGCGUGCCGGAACACGCCGGCGGCGGUACGAUGAAGCAGAAGCUGACGGAAAAGUAUAUCGGCGAUGGGGGCGGUGUGGUGUGCAAUUCGCCUCCGCAACCGGACAAACGGAAACCGUCGCCCAAACCCGGCGACGAGGACGGUGCCGAGUGUGAUAAAGAAAAUGAGGAAGAUGUCGCGAAUAACAAUGGCAAUGGUAAGGGCAAUAGCAAUAACAAUGCCACCGGCGAGCAGCGCAAUCACCGGCGACAGAAGCAGCGGUCGAAGGGCGGGUUCUUUCUACGCUCCGGCAGCAGAUCGCCCCGGCCAGCGGCCGAACCGGCCCUCGGCGGUGGGGCGGCCGAGAUUGACCUGAACGGCAAGUACUACUUCCCGGCGUACGGGCUGGAGACGGAUCCGUCCGACAACACGGACAUUGCGUCGGAACCGGAGGGGCUGGUGCUCGGCAAGAUCGGCACCGGCUCGACGUACGAUCGUGGUUCGGCCGUAGUGCCACGCUUUUCCGCCAUGCCGCGGACGGAAUCGAUGGAAGUGCAACCCUCGUCGACCAAUUCGGCCGAGGACGAUGUCGACGGUGCUGUACGGGGUGGCAGACGGAAAGUGCGGGCGGAUGACGAUGAUGAGGACGACGAUGAGGACGAUGAGGUGGACGAUUCGGACGCCAGCAGCCUGGUGGACAGUUUGGAUGGAUUCGGCCCGCCGCAGAUGGUGGAAAUGGUGCCGCCGCGAAGCCGCAAACCACGGCCACCGGUGAAGGCAGCGGGCGGCGGCGAGGUGGGCGAAUCGACCACCAGCUCGACCGACCGGUCGCCGCGCCACGAGAAGGGCGAAGCGUUCUUCGUGCCGAUCCAUGCCGAGCGGGCGGCCGCCUUCAAGCUCGACGAGCGGGUCGUGGUGGCCGACACGAUGCCGCUGCGCAUCAAGGAGCGGCUGAACAACCGGCGCCGGCUGAUGAAGUGGAAGCAGGAGCAGGAGAAUCUCAAGAAGCAGCGCAAGAUGAUGCGGCUGAUCGAGCAGAAGCGGUUCUACGGCGAGCCGGCGAUACAGGUGAUCAGCACGAUCGAUAAGGCGAUCAGCCGCAAGGAGUUCAUCCCGCCUGGCGCCCGGAAGAGCGUGUUCGGUGGGGCCGGCGUGACCACGCCGAUCGUGCGCGACACCUCCACCCCGUCCGGGCCGACCCCGUUCCGGGCGAUGAAGCCGAAGAAGCGGGCGGGUGGACCGGCCGCCACCGGGAGCACCGGGUCGGCGCUGCGCUCCGAGCUGGGCAUGCUCGAGUCGUACAAGAUCGAUGGCAAGGGCAACAUGCAGAUACAGACGGCGGCGACGGCGUCGUCAGCCGGGGGCCGGAAGGGUGCGGUGGCACCAGCCGCCGCUAAGGGUGCGUGGGGCAUGGGUACGGAGAGGCGGCAGGCUAGCAAGACGCCCCUUGCACCAACGACGGCGACGACGAUGACGGCGACAGCAUCGACAACGGUGGGCGGCGGCGGCAGCUCAGCCCGCACGAGCACGGGCGUCCGGACGGGGGGCAGCACGGGCAAGGCGAGCGGGGGCCGUCGCCGGCAGCAGGUGCUGAAGGACGUGCAGCAGAUGACGCUGUACCCGCAGGCGGACCUUACGCCCGACAUCGAGGGUGGCCCUAGGCGCGUGUACCAGAAGACGGAAAUCCAGGAGGGCGACAAGCACAUCGAAAUCCUCGAGAUAGUGGAGUGUGCGGACAGUGCGCCCCGGAACCGGCACGGUGGUGGUGGCAGUCGACCAGCCCGUGUGCACAGUGCCGGACGGCGGGGUAGGGGCGACUCGGGCAACCGCAACCGAUCGCGCAUUCCCGUGCCGAUCUACCGCUUCGGGCAGUACCGGCGCAGCACACAGUCGCGUGAUGGCAGCCCCUUGUCCACGGGCAGCAAUCCCAAGGUGGACCGCAUGAUUGCGGACCUCCUGCUCGAGGCACUCACCAACCCGGAGGAGGUGGGCGUGAAGCUAGUCCGGACGCCCGACGCACUGCGGGACGCAUCGAGAGCUUCGAGCAAAGCGCGCCCGUCCGGUGCCUCGGCGUCCAAAAAGUCGUCCUCCUCCUCUUCUACAACUGGCCACAGUGCUAACGGCGGAAACAACAACUUGCUAACACCGCGCCGCACCGCCAGCGGCCGCUACACGCAAAAGUUCGAAGUCAUCCCGGAGGAACGAUCGAGCGUGUCGAUCGAAUCGUCCACGGAGGAACUCUCGACCGGCGGCAGCAACCGCAAGAAGGGUCCGCAUCCUUCGCCGCGUCGCGUCAGCUUCGACGAAAACCAUCAGAUCUUGAACCGGGACGAGCUGGAGGGGCCAACGCUCGUGGUGCCGCCGGUCCCGUCGCCCAAGCGCUCCAAGUCGCCGGCGAAAAGCCCAACCCGACGGCAACAACCAACGGCGGCAGCAGCAGCAGCGAGUCCGGCGAAGAAGCAAGGCACCGCCACGGUGCUGACCAACACGACCACCAACACCACCGCAACAGCAACCACGACCACCACCAGCCGGGGCAAGGCGGCCAUCCAGAGUGACGUGAUCGAGGAGAAGGGAUGGAUCGGGUUCAGUACCCAGCACGAGGACAUGGCCACACCGAUCCACAACGGACCGGACGAUGAAGACACCACAAGGCUCAGCAUCGUGCCCCGUGGCGCACUAGAGCAAACACCUCAAUCCCGUAGCCCACCACCACCACCACCACCACCGCACGUCGGUAGAAGCGUAGUCAGGACGAUCACCAUCGGCAACUGUGUGCCGGACGCGAUCGAACACCAUCUGCACCAUCACCGGGACGCGCGAACACCCGAACCCCCCAAGCACGCCGUUUCUAAUGCCUCCACCCCCGGUGAUGGUAUCGGUGCGCUCGGUGCUGACGCUGCUAAUGCUGGUCCCGGUCGUGACGUGGCAACGGAUGACGGCAUUACCACCGUUGACAUUCACCGCGGCACCGCCUGUUGUCCCGACCUUUCCUCGACAGCCGAGUCGUUCGCAACGGACAGUCUCAACACGAAGCUGACGCCCCUGUCGGGACCAUCCUUCCCGUCGCUGCCCACCUCGGCGGCAGUGCGAUGCUGCGAGACGAUCGUCGAAAGCCGACACCGUGGUGUGCCGGAGCAUGCUGGCGAGCCAGCAGGGACGGAGAUGGGCGAUAUCGUCACGCACCAUCAUCAUCACGCUCAUCAUCAUCAUCCGCUCGAAGGGCGGCUACCGGUGGCGGCACCGCCCGGGCCCUUCCAGCACCAGAUAAGGGAGGAAAACGCUUGGCAGGUGUUCCAGACGGGCGACUGCAAGGUGAUCCAGUCGAAGAUCGAGUACUACGAAACGUCCAUCCACCGGACGCCACUGACCGCCGAUCUGUUCGCUGCCGAAUCGACCGCCCUCUGUCCCCACACGGCGGGCCCGCUCUCGACGGCGGACUCGCUGGAAGGCUCGUGGCACCAUCAUCGGCAGCGUACCGCAAGCUUCGGCCCGGGCUCGGCAGACACUGCUGCCCCGCCCAAAACGGCCGACACAACGUGCUCCUCCUGCUGCUUCUGCAAUCCCGAGCUGCACAAUCACACCACCGGCGUAAAGCCGGCUGCCGACGGAUGUUUCUACUGUCGCGCAAAGCUAGGACAAUCGCCUACCCGUAGCUUCCCGGCGCCACCCACGCCUCCCAACAUUCAGACCUCGCCGGUGCCUCCCUCUCCCCAGACGCCGAUUGCGGAGCUUACGCCGACGCCCUCCCUGCACGAGAUCGCUGUCCCGGUGCGCAAGAGCUCACUGGCCGGCCGGCCACAGCCGGGUCGGGAUGGUGGUAAGCCGACCGACGGGAAAGCUGUCGCGGAGCCAAAACAGUCGGCCCGGAAAGGAGACGUUCCGGCCGUUAAAACCAAACAGACGAAAGUGCCGGCGGAAACGGUACCGGAAAGGUCCGGUAAACUGCGCUCCACUGCAAAAUCUGCCUCCAUCUCAACGACCACGACCACCACCACCGCCACCACUGUGUCCGCGGUGAGCAGGAGCGAGGAGGGACCGCAGAAACCCUUGCCACCGAUACCGGGUGCUACAACGACGCCGAAGAUGGCACGCAAAAAAGUGACCGAAGCACCGGCGGCGGCUGCUGGCGGUGUGCUGAACCGGCCCAAGUACACGAACCAUCUGACCCGGGCCAGCACCGUCGUCCAGUCGGUGCAGAAGGAGGUAAAGAAUGAGCUGCGGCCAUUGCCAAUCCGCGUGCUGCCCAAGACCGCCAAAGAGGUAAGCAAUCGGAAGGAGAAGGAGCGACAGAUCGGGCUGAGUCUACCGAAAGACUACGACCGCGAUAGCGUCCGGGCGCCCCAGAUCGCGGUGGCGAUGGAGGAGGACGAGUCGGUGGCGGCGGUCGUUGGUUCGGCCGAUACGCACGGUUACGAUAAUGAAACGAGCAGCUCCUCCGACACGUCCGAUGGCGAUUCGUCCAUCGACAGCAGCCCGAACGUGAGUCCGUUCAAGCGACCGAACCUGCAGCAGCAGCAGCAGCAGCAGCAGCAACAAUCCUUAGAAACGGUCCAACCGCCAACGGCGGCCACCCGAUGGAAGACAAACAGUGAGCGAAACCUGUCGCAGCUUGCAAUACAGAAGCUGGUCAGCGCUAGCCGGUGGGGCAGCAAGUGGCGAAAGGGAGCUGCCAGAGGUUCGCACCAGCAGCUGGCGGUGGAGGACGACGAUGAGCCCAUGCCUUCGAUGGGCAGUUGCAGCGAGCUGAGCCCGCUCAAGACCGGUACGAGUAAUGGGGGACCGGUUGGUUCUACGGCCGGCACGACGACGUCCAACAUCAUUAGUGGCAUCACGCAGACAAGCUCCAACCAAGGCUGGACCGUAACGGUGGCUGGCAACUACAAUCCCGAGAUGGCACCGGACGUCGAGAUGCGGCUCAGCUUCCCGAAGGGUGCUGCUACCGGUGCUGCCAGUGGCGGCAAGUCGGCAUUAACGAGCUCCAGCGGUGGAAGCUACAGCAAUGCGAACGGUGUGGGCCGGCAGAUACGGCAGGCACAACAGUACGCGGACGAUCAUCAUCAUCAGCUCGACGGUGGCGGGUAUCUCGGUACUGCCGCCGGCAGCAGAAGCACCUCGCGAGCUGGCACAUUGCCACCGGCCUCAUCGCAGACACCGAGCUCCUUAAAUCCCAGAAGGAAUCUUACACGCUCCGAUGGAACAGGUGCUGGCACGGGCACGGGCAGCAAGGAUUAUCGUCUUCCAAAUGUUGGCCCAGCGCACAACAUUCUGGCAAGACCGACGGCGAGGAAAGCGAUCAAGACGGUGGAAUGUAGUGUCGUGGCAUCGGCAACCCGCACCAUCGCUAACAGCUACCAUCAGCUGUCCCAUCAGCAUCAGAUGGCCGCCAACAGUAAUGGUCCGCAGCAACAGCAGCAGCAGCAGCAUCACGCGGCGCGGGCUCCACCGAUGGCAGCGGUGCGUGGCGCUGGCGGUCGGUCCCGUCCCGCCAACCAGCAGCCGCUUCCACAGCCUUCCACACAAGUACUCCAUCCCGCAUUGCAAAAUGGGAGCGGUGGAAAGUUCCUCUCAUCCUCCUCCCCUUCACUAGUGUCCCAGCAACAGCAACAGCAGCAACAUCCAUCGCAGCGCUAUCACCACAAUACCGAACCACCAUCAUCAUACCAUCUAGAAGACUACGGUAACGGUUACUAUGGACAACAGCAGCAGCAGCAACCACAUCCGCGCAGGAUGUCACUCGAUAGUCAGCAGUACCAGCACCACCACCAGCAGCAGCAGCAACACACACAGCACCAUCCAGCGGGGUCGCUAAUGGCAACCGAUUGCCUGUCCGUGAUGGGGAAUGCGAUCGCACCGGAGAUCAAACCGCGAGUGCCGACCAUGAGCGAGAAGGAUCUCACCCGCCGGCACCACGUGUGCUACACCCGCACCCAGCCUUACUUCUCCUAGGGGAAGGGGGGGCACAAUAAAAGCCGAAACAGCGUCGUAGUGUGCGCUGCCUUGUAGAGAGGGUACCGAUUCACACAGUCGACGACGGCGAUGACAAUUCUCAGGUCAGAGAUGUAAGCACCGAUAUGGUAGAGACAGUGCAGUGACAGAACGAAGCUCACGCACACACUAGCCAGUGUGUCGAAGAUAUGGUUUAGUCGGCAAUACUUAUUUUCGAUUAAAACCCGAUCAAAACAAUCCUUUAACCUACGAGAGCAGCUCCCUUCUAUCUCUCUCUCUCGCUCUCAUCACCCUCGUGUAAACGUGUAAGAAAAAUGUUAGUGCAUUUUAGUGAAUAAAUCUUAACUUUAGAGAGUAAUUCUUAUCAACAGAA